CAUUAACACGGCUUCGACGUGGAAAGUGUAGCAUCCACCAUUCAGCAAGCGGAAGAAAUCUUCUGGAUUCAUUCUAUCACCAUGCUUGUUGCUAGUUUGAGAGACAGUUUAGUUUGUUGAAGAAACACGAGAAAUGGUGAGGGUUUUCCUUGACACACACCGAGCAUUGAUGGCGAAUCCCAUGAGACUGAGACUCAGAUCAUUUGCAUCUUCCGCUUCUGCUCUGAAAUGGGAAGGCGGGGUUUCCAUGGUUCAGGGAGCUUCUCGAGGAAUUGGCCUUGAAUUUGUUAAACACUUGCUGGAAAGGAAUGAAAAAGGGCAUGUUAUUGCCACUUGCCGUAAUCCUAAUGGGGCAACAGGGCUUCUUGAAUUAAAAAAUCAGUUUGCUGAACGCCUUAAUAUUUUACCAUUGGAUCUGACUGUUGAAAGUACUAUAGAGGAGUCAGCAAAGUCCGUAACAGAAAGAUAUGGCUCUCUCAACCUUCUCAUUAAUGCAUCAGGCAUUCUUUCAAUACCCAAUGUAUUGCAACCAGAAACAACAUUGAGCAAAUUAUGCAAGUCAUCUUUAAUGCUUGCUUAUGAGGUUAAUGCUGUUGGUCCUAUUUUAGUGAUCAAGCAUAUGUGGCCUCUCCUCAAAGCUGGAGGAGGUUUUGGCACUGAAAGGGAUGUUGCUGUUGUGGCCAACUUAAGUGCCAGAGUUGGUUCCAUUGGAGACAAUCGACUAGGGGGCUGGCACUCCUAUCGUUCUUCAAAGGCUGCACUUAAUCAAUUGACGAAAACUAUUUCAGUUGAGUUUGCAAGGAAGAAAGACCCAAUUGCAUGCAUUCUUUUGCACCCAGGCACAGUGGAUACAGAUCUGUCUAGGCCAUUCCAAAGAAAUGUUCGUGCUGACAAGCUUUUCACCAAAGAGUUCUCAGUGCAAAAGCUCUUGAACAUCAUUAACAAUACAAAACAUCAGGACAAUGGCAAGUUCUUUGCAUGGGAUGGUCAGGAAAUUCCUUGGUGAUUUACAAAUUUCCAUCUUGAUACACAACAUGAAGAGAUCAUAUUUGGUAUUAAUGACUGUUACAUUGUCAUAUUGGUUUAUUGUGUUUUGAACUUGUUCGAUUUUGUUGAAGUUUCAGUCAUUACUUUGAUGAUAUCAGUAGACUUUGAUCAUA